AUGGCAGGAAGAAGUUACAGGGGCUCUGCCUCAGAGUCUGAGGCACCUUCGCGUCACCACAACAGAGAUAGAGACAGCAACACCGGAUCACAACAAGGCCCAACUACCACAUCUUCAGGAAAGACAUCUCAAAAGGCUAGGAAUCAACAAGCUUUACAGCAGCAGCAAUCAUUCUUGCAAAAACAUAUCAACUCAAAUGGUCCAAGAGAUAAGCCCAGGAUAGACCCACUCGAUUUUGGAAAGAUGGAUGAAGCAACUUUGCUUAGAUACAAGGAUCGCUACAGCCUAAAUCUCCCUCGGCCGGAAUCGUUGAACUCAGAUAUUUUAAACAGUGAGAUUGGCAAAAAGACAUUCAGCAAACGAAAUCAGGCUAGGCGACUUCAAAAGGCCGGAAUGGGCCUGGAUUACAGGAUAAGUAAAGGUGAGUUUGGCAAUCAAGUCAGGAGUCAUUUCAUGGGAUUGCAGGCCAAGGAAAAUGACAUCAUUACGGGGUUUUUGUAUAAAGUGAAGCACCAGGAUAAGGAAUUUAAGCUUACGUUUCAGUGA